AAAAAGCCUCGCAGAAGAUGCCGAGCUCAUGCGGUGGAGCCAGCAAGGGAGCAAGACCCCCGGGCCAUCGCUGCCAGCCGGCCUGCGCCGUCCCUCCUGCACCCCGGAGAGCCUGGCAGGCCGGAGUGCCCCGCCGCCUCGCCACCCCACGCCCCACCGAGCCGCCCGCCCCGCGCUCCCACCCGUGAAAACGUGCCGGAGAUGCUGGAGGAGACACCUGCUCCUCGCCCGGCUCAGGACGGUCCCUGCUUCGCCACCAGGCCGAUGCUGCCCACGCGGCUCGUGCCAAGUGGGCACCACUUGCUGCCGGCGCCUGCGGGAAUUUCAGGAAUAAAUAUCGACGAACAGUCGGUGCAAAAGUCUUUGGUGCCGCUGUGAGCAGUAAUCACCAGCGGCAGUGGAGCUGCCUAAAAAGUGCCGGUGACGCAGCCCACUGGGGCAGAAAGCGGCUGCUUGCCGGCUCUGGUUGUACCGCUGCCUUGACCCAAGCCCCAGUGACCAUGACAGCACCGAUGGCGUUGGGAGCGGAGGCUCUUUGCAGCUCCCCGGGGUGAAUAAAAAUGAUCAGCCCUUGGCUUGAUUUGUCAUCCUUUAGGAGGAAAAAAAUACAUAUAUGUAUAUGAGACCGGCAAUGAAGCAGCGGUGCUGCUAGGCUGAGCCCUGGGGAGUGCGCUGGCCGGCUGGGCGAGGAGAGCCCCUUCCGACGGCCCUCCGGCCCCCUCCGCAGAGGGGCCGGUGAGUGGGAUGGAGCACGAGACGGCGAUUUUGAAGCCGGCUUAACGGCCCCGUCGGACCCGCUCGGCGCGUCAUGCUGCAGCCGCUCGUGGGAGCGCGGAGACGUCGCCUGGAAAGCCGCUCGGAGGAGACCGCCCGGCGCUGGCGGUGCUGACGGGGCAGUGCGGCCGCGGGGUGAGGCGCUGCCAUGGCGGCGGCAGAAAUCCAGAUGGAGAGCGCCGGCGAGGCGGAGGCACCCGGGCGCCCUGGCACCGAGCCGCGGGCGCGAAAGCCCUCAGCGCUGUGCUUCGGGAAGCGGCCGGCGUCCCGCAAGCGGGCGGCGGAGGCCAAGGCCGCGGGCGAAGGGGACCCUGCUGCCCGCUGCGAUGCCGACCCGGGGGAGGCGGCAGCCGCCGGCCGGUCCCGAUCACCUCGGGGCGCCUGGGUGGCUCUCAAGAGCCUGGCGCGGCCCCGGCGACGGCAGGAGGGCUGCUCCCGGCGGAGGCAGGCGCCGUCGGCCGCCGGAGCGACGAGCGUGGAGGAGGCUGGGGCGCGGGGCCCGGCGAGGCGGCGGGGCAGCUCGGGGUGCGCCAUGCCCUGCCUGCGGCGCCCCGGGGCCCGCAGGAGGCCCAGCGCCUCGGAGGCGGAGGAGGAGUCGGAGGGCAGCGCUAAAGCCGGCGACGUGGCCGGCGCCACGAGCGCGGAGCCGGGAGAGCCGGUGCGGACGGGCGAAGCCGAACCCCCUGACCAGGCCCCCGCGGGGAAGAGCGACCAGGACGUGGCUGCGGGAAGCGCCGGUGCCGCUGCGCAGAGCGAGACGUCAGCAGAGCCCAGCCCCGGCGGACACCUGGAGCCCGUCCCUCCACCAGGAAUAACCCAGCCAGCGGCAACCAGCGGGGCCGCCCCAGGAAAACAGCCUGGCGGGAGCCCGCACCGGUCCGUGGACAACGAAGACAAGGGGGAAGACGCUUCCGGAGGCGCCGCCAUCGCCGCGCAGCAGCCCAAUGGCGCCGUGGUGGAGCAGGAAAUGGCGGCCGCCGGCGAGGAGCUGCCGGAGGGGGCUGAGGCAGGAGGCGGCACGGGCGCCGCGGCGGAGAGCCAAGACGACGACGACGCGGCGAGGCCAGAGCCGCCGGGGCCGCGGGUGGCCGGCGCCGGCAUCGUCAUCACCGUCACCCCCGAGUCGGACGAUGACGCCAACUCCGACGCGGCCUGUGAGGCCUCCCCGGGCCGGCUGCCCCGCGGGCGCGCGGGGGCCAAGGACGGCGAUGGCGGCGGCGGUGAGGCGGAGGACGACGGGCCGGGCGGCUGGGCGGCCGAGCAGCACGAGCUGCUGCUGGUGGAAACGGCGUCCUCGCUGGUGAAGGCGGCCAUCCAGGCGUCCGUGGAGCAGCUGCUCAACGAGAUGGCGCUGGAGCAGCACCAGCACAACAGCUUUCUGUGACGGCGGGGGCGUCCCCGUCCCGAAACCGCAGGCCGGGCAGCUUUGCCUCCGUCCCCGUCAGCCUGCCCGUUUCCAGCCCGGCCGAACCAAGCAGAGCCGCACCGCGUUGCUGGCUGGUGGCCUGGAGGAAAGGGGCCUUUUAAAGAUUUGGGUUACGUGUGCGUGGUGGCAAUUUGCCUACAGCUGCAGGGCCGUCAGCCUGCGCCGCGGAGCAAAGUCCCUGCCCAUUGCUCAGCUGAUGCAGAAACAGCCGCCGCUCUUUGGCAGUCGCUCAGUGACCCUCGUGGGCGCACCGAGAGGUUUCUUUUUUUUUUUUUUUUUCGUUCCAGCGUAGCAUCUGGAUUCGGGUCAACACCCAGGGGCUGCAAAUGCUCCUCGGACCUGGCAUGCCGCUGCGUUUCAAGCAUCGAUGAGGAGCUCCCUGGUGCUGGGAGGCCGCUGAGCAGCCAGCACCGCAGCUCGCGCCCGUGCAAGGAAAACCCGAAACAAAUCUGAGGGUGUUUUUAAAAAAAUGCUCUUCCCCCCCCCCCCAUGAGUUUGUUUAAUAAGCUAUCAAGUGUUGAUAAUUCAGUGUAUUUGCAAUAUUGAUGGCUUUGUGCUUCAUGCUGGCCUGUUCGGACCACAGCUCACCGCGCGCGGACUCAAAACCUGCCGCGCGUAGACUGAAACAGGUAUCACCAAGGUGACUCAGUUUGCUCUGUUUUUUUUCCUCCACGGCUUCACACCGGCCGACGGCUUUGCAAGCGCCGGGGUUCGUCCCUGCAGGCCAGCGCUCGCGGCCGGGGUGGCAGCAGGCCAGCGCGUCCUGCUGCGGCUCUUCGAGGUUUUUUUUUUUUUUUUUAAAUGUCUUUCGCCUAAUUUCUCAAGGCCCUUCAUGAGCAUGCAGAAAAUAUAGAAGAACAUUACUACUGUUUUCAAUAGUAUUAAUGCUAUUUGCUCUUUCAGGUUUACAGAAGAAAUAUAGAUGAUAGCGGCCGUUAAUGGCUUAAUUACGACUCUGCACUCCUUCGUUUUGGGUAGAGAGUUAAACGCUAAUAAAAACGUUCAGCAGAACUUCAGUCUUUUGGAGAAAGACCAGUUAAAUCUGCUAUCGCGUAGGAAACAGGGGAGCGUGUGCUUGCUUGUGCAAAAGCGCUGGAGGAUGUGAAGUGUGGAUUAUUUUUGAGGACCAUUUUCCCCACCAGCGGUUGAAAGCAGCUGGGCUGAGGCCCAACCUCGGAGCCUCGCAGCCGUCUGUCCCGGCCGGGGCUUUGGCCCAGGCGUUCCCGGUGCUCCGCUCGGCAGGGACGACUUGGCUUCACUUUCCAACGCGUCACCCAUGUGUGCUUUGUUGGGGCAUUUGGAAUAUUUUCAUUUUCUACAGCUUUUUUUUUCUUUUUCCUAUCAGCAGCAAGAAAAGAGUGUUUGAAUAGUGUAACUCCCGCCCAGGAAGGUUACAGCGGGAUCAGACAGCUUCUCCCUCAAGUUAGCACCAAGCCCAGCAGAAACCAACUGCGUUUGUGCUGUGAAAAUUGCUGGUAGACAGCGGUGGUUCGGACAAAUAUUGCGUUUUUCCUUCCUGUGACACCAGAAGUGCAUUAAAACGCGGGGGCUGUUUAGAGCCCCGGGGGUCGCUGCGGCCCCGGGACCUUGCGGGACCUCUCCCCCAGCAGCUGCGAGUCAAGGCGAAGGUGUUUGCAUGCAAGACGCUGUCCCUGCGUGAGCCCUCACGUGCAGGUUUCCUCCGGGGUAACCCCAAAUAAUCAAACGCUCCAAGAGAACAGGCUGAUCUAAAUAGUUUCCCUUGAUGUUUUUUCACCCGUGUAGUUUUGUUUCCCAAAGAAAUGGUUCUUGUUAGCGCUCGUCGGGUGGUAUUAAAAUAAUUAGCUAUUUUAACUUGCAACCAGAUAAAAUCCUUACAUUAAAUGUGGUUUUUUUUUCAGAAGCUAA